AUUUAUAUUUUUACUGUUUCCUAUGAUCCAUCUGGCUCAAGUACUGUUCACACGCUCCGCAUCAUCAACAUUUCCGCAGUAGGGAGCGAUCAACACGAACCCAAAGCACCAUGCGGUACGCCCUGGUAGGUUGGCUCCGUUAGCACAUCAUUUUCAAAUGGUCCAUGCACCCAAACCAACGCCCCAGGAAUUAUUGGAUAUAUCACCCAGAGCACCAUCACCAUCCGGCAUCUCUCUGCCUCCUCCAAGAUGGAUGAUGUCCCUCUUCAUGUGGUUGUAUUUCCCUGGUUAGCCUUUGGCCACAUGCUCCCUUUCCUCGAGCUCUCCAAGUCCUUAGCCAAGAGAGGCCACCGCAUCUCCUUCCUUUCCACCCCAAGAAACAUCCGAAGGCUCCCAAAUAUCCCUCCCCAAAUAGCUUCCCUUGUAGACCUGGUUUCUUUGCCCCUCCCGAAGGUCGACGGCUUGCCGGAGGAUGCCGAGGCCACCACGGACCUCCCACCGCCUGAGGUCCAAUAUCUCAAGAAGGCAUUCGAUGGCCUCGAUGAGCCCUUCGCAAGAUUCCUCCAAGAGGUUUCCCCAAAACCAGACUGGAUAAUCCACGACUUCUGUCAUCAUUGGAUAUCACCAAUCGCCUCCAGGUCCAAGGUGCCAUGUGCGUUCUUCAGCAUAAUUCCUUCUUCCUCUCUUGUUUUCCUUGGGCCUCCCUCGGAGAUGAAACUCGGAGGCUUGCGAAGAACACCCGAGCAGUUCACGAAGCCACCGGAGUGGAUCUCCUUCCCUUCCUCCGCGGCUUUCCGCCUCCACGAGGCCCGAGUGUUCAUGGAGCACUACCGUGACAACGCCUCGGGGUUUUCCGAUAUCCAGCGCCUCGAGCGGAUCAUCCAAGGGUGCGAGCUUGUGGCCAUCCGCAGUUGCAAGGAAUUCG